AGGAGGUCUGGCUCUACCCCGUCCGCGCGCCCUUCGCGGCUGCGGCCGCGGCCGCCGCCAUGGACGACGCCACCGGCGCCGACCUCACGGCCGGCAGCGGCUCCGCGCCCGCCGCUUUCGGCGGGGCGCUGGACCGGCCGAGCUCGCUGCCGAGCGGCGCUGGGGGGCAGGCGCAGGCCUCGCCGCAGGAGAAGGUCCGUCUCCCAGCCCGUGUUUCCGGCCCCAGCCGCGUCGUUGAAGAAGGUGUCGCUGUCGCUGGACGAGGACCGAAGCCCGGCCGAGGGCGCGCUUCGAGAACCGCUUCCCCCAGGCAGACAGCGUCGCCAGCCCAAUGACCUCGUUCAUCUCGGACGUCGCCCAGGCGGACAGGAACAUCACCAGCUGGAGCCGGAUCGACGUGGUGGAGAGCAUGGGCCCAUCGAACUGCUCGACGUCGUCGUACAGCAGGCCAUAUCCGCGAGUGUUCGAGGUCUGGGAUCAGGUGGGCGGGAAGAGCCGCAUCCUGUGCCGGGGCCGCUGCGUCACGGGCCCCGACAUCGACUUCGGGUACAAUACUUGCGCCUGGACCUUCAUAGUGCUGCCCGUCGGCGCGUAUUUCGUCUUCGUGGCGCCGUACCUGUGGGAUCACGUGACCAUAUGGCUGCCGAUCAUCACCUGCGGCAUAUUCGUGUCCACCGUGGCGUUCAUGUGCCUGACGCAGUGCACCGACCCUGGCAUCAUCCCCCGGCAGAAGCUGCAGGGGAUGGUGCGGGGGCUGGAGAGGGAAGUGGAAGAGGUCACCGGCGCACCGCCGGUGCUGCUGCUGGACGCGGCCACGGGCGAGCCCGCCCCGCAGCUGACGGCGCAGCAGCAGGCCGCCGGCUACAAGUGGUGCUCCACGUGCAAGGUAGUACGUCCUCCGAGGGCCUCGCACUGCCCGGACUGCGACAAUUGCGUGCUCAUGUACGACCACCACUGCCCCUUCGUGGGCAACUGCGUCGGGCAGCGGAACUACGUCUUCUUCGUCGGGUUCCUGUCCUCGACGAUCUGCCUGGGCUUCGCGGUGGCCGUCGGCUUCCUGAUGUACUCCGCCAGCAGCACGCUGGACCUGCGCAGCCCGGCGGUUCUGGCGCUGCUGCUGCUCAUCGGGCUCCCCACCGCACUGCUGCUCUCCGGGGUCCUGGUGCUCGCGCUGUUUCACUCGUGGCUCGCCUGCACGGGCAGGACCACGAAGGAGGUGUGCCGAGGGCUGCCUGGGCCCAACCGCAGGCCGGAGGCCCGGGCCCUCGCGAGCACCGCGAGCAACGACAGCGGGCCCACGAUCUUCUCUCUGAGGGGGCCCUCGCUUCUGCACGCGCGGGAGCGCGUGUGCUACCCGGUCGCCAGCAUCGGGCCGAUGCUGGCGGCCUGAGUUUCGGAGCUCUGCCCGUCGCCGUAGGCUCUCAGGGAAAGCAGCGGAGGAGCCGGGCUCGGGGCGAAGCCCAGGCGAAGGGCGCCGUGAGGGCGCCCCGAGGCCCGGGUGCACUUGUCGUCCCCAUUCCGCGAGGCGCUUGCGCCCAGGGGAGGCCGCCGCGCUUUUCGGCGCGCCCGGGCGUCCCCCGCCUUCCUGGUGGCUUUUUUCCCCGUUGCGGAGGGCGCGCCGAAAGGUCGAACGUGAAUUGGAUUUGGUCGUGCUGGCGCGGGCCCGCACGCACCGCUGGACGUCAGACCUCGAGUACUACACGCAUUCAAUUUCGGAGGGGUGCCAAAA